AUGAGUUACCUGUCUUUUUUUAUUCGUGGGCUGCCAUUAACAAAAAUCGUUAAAUAUGUUUUCAGCAAAUCAGAACCUCAUUGGAAACAGACUGAAGACUGGAAAGCUCGGUAUUCGCAUCUUUACUCUUCACAGCGCGUGUUCCGGCAGCAACAAGAAGAGCCACGGCGCAUUUCAUUCAUGAGCAAUGAUUCUACUCCUUACACGUCGCUGUUAAUGAGGAUGCGUGCGACACACCGGGACUCCAAGACGUAUAGCUCCGACCUGCCCACUCCCCCCGACAUGAGCACCCUGAUGUCGCAACAUAGCGAGUUCUAUGAAAGCUACAUAAAUAGCGUGCGGUCGGAAGACUGGGGUGGCACCGAAACAUUACUCCUAGAUAUGGUUCGAGCUCGAAGCCGAGAACUGGAAGAAGAAGCUCAAGACAAAACACUUGAUCUGCCUCAUGAUGAUGUUUCCGAUGACGUGUCAAGUGAGGCUUGCGUGCAUGGCCUAAGCCUGCGUACGACCGAGCGGAGCGUCUCCCGAUCCCGAGUGUCGAGAAUAUCCACCCGUCGCGAUAUGGACAUACCUUCCAUCUUGGCAUUUGAAACCCCUGUCAUUCCAGCACCAGCCCCUCUUGAAAUACCUGGACUGCAAAAAGUUAAUGUUACUGAAAAUCAAAAUAUUCCUCGAUGGUCAAUACGUCGUUCAAUUUGCCCCGUUUGUUCUCAAAAGUGGAAAGAUAAAUCAUCAGUUAACAAUGUAAAAUAUUCAGGUUUAAAAAGAAACUCUUCGGCUGAAUUACCAUCAGUGAUCGCACCAGCAAGGCUCAGGGCUGCAAUCACGGCAGCUUAUGUUCCACGCCCCGUUCUUGCAGCCGUGGACGAAAGUUCAGGGAUUGGCAGAGUAAUGCGGAACACUAGUGCUGCGUGGCAAUUGACGCGAGCUCGAAGGUUUAGAACCCCGAAACUGCAAGCACCACCCCCAGAAGCUACAGCACCCCCCAGCUCCACUGCACCCAUGGCUCGCAAAGACUUAGAUCUUCGCGUUAACAGGUUCUUAAAAGACGAAGGAAUGAAAAAAUACUUUGGCUGUUACCAAAAUCGUUAAAUUACGAUCA